UCCCCUGCAUCGCCAGCCAUCUGCUCUCGUGGGUUUUGCGCAGCGCCAGUGGUGGAAAUCCGAAACGGAGGGAGGCAGAAGCAGGCGCGGAGCAUCGCAGCGAGAAGAGGAAGCAGUUGCUGGUGCCGGUGGAGCAGUUGCGACCCUACCACCCGCCGCGCCGAGAGGGCAUGGCGGAGACGGCGCCGGGACCGGAGGCGAGGCAGGCUGAUGCCACCGCCUUCUUCCGCGACGCUCCCCCGCUCGUCAUCACUAACAUCAUCCUCCGCCUGCCUGCGAGGUCGGUCUUGCGCCUCCUCUCGGUCUGCAAGGUCCUGCGCGACGUCACGUCCUCCUACCUACGCAUCGUCGCUGCCGUCCACCUCAUCCACCCGCCGCAGCCGCUCAUCUGCUUCGGCCACAACGCCUGCCCCGACCGCUACAUCCGGCUCAGGGACUACUGCGUCGAGGCCCUCGACCUCCGCUCCGACAUGCUAUGCCCCGUCCUUCGGUUCACCGACAACGAUUUCAACGAGAACAUCGAUGGUGCCGACGCUCCCCCCAUCUACGCCUUCAGCAAGGACGAUAUCAACUACGGCGAGGAGGUUGGGGACGGCGAACGCUAUCCCCGGAUGACGGUCCACGCCUCCAACGACGGCCUCCUCCUGGUCUCCUUCGUCAACAUCUGGUACAUCUGCAAUCCCGCGACGCGCCAGUGGGUUGCCCUCCCGGACCUCAGCAGCUGCACCGUGAUUGGGCUCUACGCACAUGUCUCUUCCGGCGAGCACCGUGUGCUGUUCUACACAGGCAAAGAUGAUGUGUCCACCUGGACUCGCUACUACAUUCUCAGGGUGGGCGCUCUGCAGGCCAGGGAGAUCGGGCGCCCUAUCCCGCCGGCGGCGACUGGCGUGGUGUUGUUGAACAUCGGGAUGGGGUUUCCGAAGUUGAGCAUCGGACUGGAUCAUAUCUCGCUCUCGCCGCCCGUUCAGCUCCUCCGCAAUUUGCACUGGCCGCCGCAGGAGCGCCAAGAAUACCGCAUGCUGGUGUUCAACACAGAGGCCGAGGUGUUCAGCUGGAUGAGCUCUCCCAAUCACAUAAGAGAAGGAAGCAUGCAGCUGCUUGAAAUGGAUCGCAAGCUCGCCAUGUCCAUCUCCAAGAAAGGCAGGCCAACGCUAGAGCUCUGGCGCCUAGAGGAUUACCGCAACGAGAUCUGGGUCCAGAUAUACCGGAUUAGAAUCCCAGUAAUGGAGAUACCUAAUUUGCAUUAUACAGAGUGGUUUCCACAUGUUGUCUCACCCGAAGGGGAUGUGCUGAUCGAGUGCAAAAACAAGCUGUUACUGCACUGUGACAGGAAUGGGAAUUUGCUUCGGAAGUUUCAGUUUCGUGAGGAGGCACCAAAGGUUAGGCAUACCCUGAAGGUGAGCCUUUUUCCUUAUGCUAUCUUUCUGAUGCCGAAGAUAGCCGGUGGUGAUGUUGCGCCGCCAUUCUUCGAGGGGAUCUAGUCCGUGCUGGUGGUUGCAUUUUUCAACAUCUGUGCAUAGUACCGCAGUCUCUGUAGAUGAAGCUAGAAUCAACUAGCUUUCCUUUUUCCCACUCUCUGAAGGUAGGGAUAAUCAUGAUCAGAUGUUAACAUUUCUCUCUUCUGUAAUACUCUGUAUACUGGAUGUUUGCUUAACUCCUGGACAUGAAUGUGAAAGACUCAGGUGCUGCUGUUGAGUAGGCUGGCUGUAAUGCAUGUUUGUUGUUUCC